AAUGAAGGUCUUACGGGUGUGGAACGACAUGAGGGUGAGUAAUAAAUGACAUUAUUUUCAUUUCUGGGUGAUGUAACCCUUUAAACUAAACCUCUUGCAAAUAAGAACUUUGUAUUUCUUGUUGCAGGGAUAAAAAAAAAAUACCAGUAUAUAUUCUUAAAUUUUAGAAGUAUAGCAAACUAUAGUCAACACCAUGAGUUUAAUAGAAAUACAUAAACUAUUGUUUAGUUUUGUUUCCUCUGAAUUAAUUAACAAAAUCCACAUUUUUAUCAAAUAGUGUAUAAUCUGAACUGUUCAACAUAAAAGCUUUUAGAAAUUUGACCACAGGAAGGCAGCGUUGUUCAACUAUUUGAUUAAUCCGAAUUCACACGAAAUCGCACUAUAAAUAUUUUUUUGCUUAUGCACACUAAUUAGGUCACGUACGUGACCAAGCAAAGUCAGCAUUACAAUAAUUUAAACAUAUGUUCGCCAUAGAAUUAGUAAUAUCGCUGGCAGGAUAUGCUACCCAGAGCCUGAUGGCCAUAGAUAUGUACUGAUACCACCCAAAGUGAAAAUGAAAUCCACUGUUGUCAAGGCAACGUUUGUCAACAAGCCUGUGACGGUCCUGAGCAUUUCCGGUUUGUGGAACAGACGCAUCUAAGUGAAUUGAUACAAUUCAGUCGAUUUUCCGCAAAAUGUCUGAUUUAGCGAAAGAGAAAGCAGCACGUUUGCUGAAGAAACGUGGAAGUGUGUCUUCUCUGAGCAGUCAUGAAGUCAGAGCUAAAGACACUUUUGGCAAAACUAAGGACUCUAUCAGCACUGUGUCCUACAUGGAAGAGCCUGGACAUCAUGAUGAUAUUCCACGACCUACAGUGCAAAUGGAAAACACCUAUCGGCUCACCCCCACGCGACGUUUCCCAGUGAUAACAGUGAAAGACAUUCUGAAGGAUGUGUUGACCAGCUAUCUGCAGGAGGAGAAAUAUGAACCCGAGUUGUGCAGGCAGAUGACCAAAACAAUCUCUGAGGUUGUCAAGGCCAGAGUUAAAGAUUUGAUGAUUCCUCGCUAUAAGUUCAUAGUCAUCAUCAGCAUUGGUCAGAUCAGAGACCAGAACAUACGCAUGGGGAGUAGAUGCCUGUGGGACGAGACACACGACAAUUUCUCCUCGCAUACUUUCAAAAACAGCUCACUCUUUGCUGCCGCUACUGUCUAUGGUGUAUAUUUUGAAUGAGUCUGCAAGAAUAGUCCUUAGUCAGGGCAUUGCCAUAUUUCAUUUUUAACAAGAUUUAAACCAAGGCUGUGAGGGAAAGAAUAGAGUGCAUUCAAUGGAUUGUACUGUUUAACAACACGCCGCUUGUUCAGCUGACGAUACGUCUUUCCAAAAAAGUUUCAGUAGACAAAAACUCCAUUAAAUAGUUUUGAAAGUUGUGAGUUGUGAAAAUGAUGUGAUCUAGGACCUUUAUAAUGCGUCUUUGUUAAAUUCAAUAUAGCGUCCUGACUAAAGUCUAUGUCAGCUCGAUGUUAGUGACUAGUGAAUUUAGCGAGCCUGUGAGCACCACAUGCAGUAGUGGCCAAAAAUGCUGUCCGGACUAGGAAAAUUGACAUCUUUACCCUUUAUUCAAAUAUUAUAAAAAAAUUGUUAAAGAUAUAUAAAAUAUAUUCUCCUCAUAUUUUGAUGGCUUAAUCAAACUUGAAAAGACUUUAAAAACAAAUAUCCCCUCCGGACAUAACUUUUGGCCACUACUGUGUACGCUCUCCGAUCAUUCUGAAGUUAUUGCCUGUGAUGCUAUUUAAUUCUUAUUUUUAUAUUAUAGAAGCACAUGUUGGACAUAACUUAAUGCCUGUUGUCUUAACAAGAGAACGUUUUACCUCAUAUAAACAAUUGAAAAUAUAAAUCUCUUUCCAUGCAUUGAGUUGAAAUGUCAUCAGUUAAUACCUCAUUGUAUUUUAUACCUCAGUCAAUAAAUCUGUCUUCAUCUAUCA